AUGGAACCGCCCACAAAGAAGCCAAGGCUCGAUCAAAAGGCAAAAGAAGACGAAGAUGAUGAACUCAACUAUGAGCCCGAAGAAGUGUCUCAGAUGCGGGAUCCCGGCUUUCGCUUCGAGCAGUCCCGUGCCUUUGCCGCCUUCAAAUUGAAAUCGACUUUUGAGCACAUCUUCCAAAAGUACGAAAAGGACUUCACAGGUAUCGGUGAUGAAAUCGACCUAAGGACCGGCAAGAUCAUUACGAAUAAUGGCCACUUGGCUGGCAUGAGAUAUGAGAGAGACACCGGAAUCCCAGGGGAUGAUGAUUAUGAAGACGAGGAUGAGGGCGUACUCUUGGAGGAAGCAUUUGCAUCCGAUGACGAUGAGGAGGAUGGCGGCUCAGGCGAAGAUGAUGGGGGCGAGGAUGGGAGCCCAGAUGUGUCAGACAACGAAAGCGAUGAAGAACGAAUCUUACACGGCAAGAAAAAUGAAGCAUCUCACUCAGGAGCCCUCAUAAUCAAGCAAAAGGGAUCCGAUCAACGGCUGUCCAGCCUUGCUCAACCGCGCCAGCCAGGGCCUAGCACCUCGAAUCCGUCCUCAAAUGUCUGGGGACAUGAACCAGAACCUGUCGAUCCGACUUGGAGGGUUCCCGAGAUCAGCAAGCCCAAACUUGGCGACGACUUGAUGACGAAACUUUAUGGUGCCAGAUACCGCUUCCCCACCAGUCGAGGAUUCAAGUCUGUGUGGUCUUCACGGCGCGAUACCGAUGAGGAGAAAGCAUUACCUGAACCUGCUCAGAUCGAUAUGAAGCAGCUCAUCCGCGUGAGGAACGAGGUCCCAAGGAUGGCGAAACCAAUGUCAACAAAGUUACUACAGGCAUUCACCGACCAAGACGACGAUAACGAAGAUGAUAUUCUUGGGGUUGCCGUUGCAGGUAAGGAUCCUAGGGCUGCGAAAAAGACAGUGGACAAUACGGAUACUACCUUGGAGGAGACAGUAAGCACCACUGUCAAAAACAUUCGAAACGAACUUGAACCACCUACCGAAGCCAGACCAUCAAAUCCGAAACCCGCUGUAUCAAAAACCCUCUCUAGGGAGAUUGGCUGGCUCAAUCAGAACAAAACUUCUGUGAAAGAAGGCCCAAGACCGAGGAGACAACUCAUCCCAGCCAAAGUUAUCAAACCAGCAGAAGCUUCUCAAGAGACAGAAGCUACCAAGCCGAGUCGACCAACCGAAACACAAGCUCAAGACCAGCCGUUCGAAUUAACAACUGAAGCUGAAGCCAAAGUUGAGGUUGACCAGAGCUCGUCUAGUUUUGUGACGGAACAGGAGUUGCGGGACAAGCCAAAGCAGCGAUUCGUUAUCGAGUUGAUCUCCAAGAUUCCCUCCCCAGAGGAGAUCACAUUAGUCGAAGAUCCCGAGGAUAUGAAUAUCUUUAGUUCGGAACACCAACAUGAGGCACUGACGCCCCAGCUUGCUAAUCUGACAGUCUCUGAAAGCACUUCGACAGCUCUUGUAACAGUGGGCGAUCCUGUGGCUGGCCCGGUUGAGACGGCUGUGCCAGUCAAAGCACCAACUGCAAACCCCACUGAGCCGCCGAAAGAAACAUUCGUCAGGCAUAAGAUCGACCCUUCAUACGACUUCUCUGAUGACGAGGGGGGUAUUCCCACAACUCGCAUCAGAAAGCUUCGUAACGAGAAUGAGAUAGGGACUAGUUCAGGUGCAGUCGAGGUGGCAGAUCCUGGAAUAGAGCCCACGUCCGAGCCUUCGGAAAGGUUAUCCACAUCAGAGGACUACCGGCCAUCUCAUGUGGAGGCCAAUGACGAUCCCUCCACGACCAGCAAGAUGGCUUCGAUAGAACCUAGUGGCAUUAAUAUCGAAAUCUCUGAGCAGCAGGUCGAUGCGUUCGCAGAAGUUUGCGAGGCACAUGGAGAAGCUGGCGAGGGGCUCAUCGGAACCGAUAUGAACUUCACGACCUUAUCAGCGGAAACACUCCCUGAAAUCAGUCAAACAGAGGGGUAUUCCGCCAUAGAAACAACAUAUAUGGCUGAUAUGGAGGUUCAGUCGCAAAAUGAGGGCUCGGCGGCGCAGGAGCCGCAGACGCUCAAGAGCUCAGAGCAGAAUCUCCCUACACACGCCAACCAAGAUGUGAUUGGGGAAACAAUCUUGGAGGAGGCUGAGGAGACGCAGGAGCAGAUCCAUGACGAUCUACAGAAACACCUUCAGGAAGAGAUCCAGGAAGAGAUCCGGGAGGAGAUCCAAGAGGGAACCAAUGAGCAAGUCCAGGAGGAGACCCAAGAUGGGACUCAGCAAGGCUCUGAAAGUGAGCCCGAGAAACUCCAACAAAUGGAACAAACACAGCAAGACGAUGAUGAAGAAGUCAUCGAACCCUUCACCAUCCCCCUCGGCCUCGACGAGAUCGACGAAUCAAGCGCGCCCGAAGCCGAACCUGAAGCCGAAGCAAUGGAAAUCGAACUUCCCAUCCUCCCACCGCAACCGAGGGGAAGCCUCCUCGGGCCGCCUAUUCGAAGACCCCGUCAAUCGUCGCCGACCAAGUCCUUGGGAGUCGUUGACAAAACCGCCACAUCGCCCUUCAAACACAUGCGUCUCCAAUCCAGCAGUCCUCUAAAGAAGUACUCCGUUAGCAAAUCGCCAAUCAAAUCUAGCAAGGCUGCCAAGCCCCGCGCAUCCGCCAGCUCAGAGCGCAAGACGAAACCGAGAAGCCGCAAGUCUGCAGCAUCAACACUCGAAAAAUCGGAAUCUUCAACACCCCCACACGCCCCGAGUUCCCCUCCACAUCACACACAGAACCAAACGGCCGACCAAAAAGCCGUCCCCAGCACACCAUCCUCAUCAUCGAGACACCACCAACCCCGAACCACGCGAGACUCGACCUCCAGAAAAUCCUUCAUCUCCCUCCUCUCCGACGACGAAGACGAACUCACCUUAGACCUCUUCAAAUCCCACACAGCGGCUUCGGGCUUCGGCGGCGUUAGUUUCGGCGGCGGCGGCAGCUCAUCGGCUGAACGCAGACGCACAUCCUAUACCCCAGUCCUCCUCGCCGGGCCGCAUACCAAGAUCACGACGCCCAUGAAGCAGAGAAGCCCGCUCGUUCCCGGGAGCGGGAACAUGGCCGCAGCAGGCACGACCACCACAGGCACAGAAACUACCAGGGGCAAGAAGCGCAAGGCGGCGUGGGCGUUUGCCACGCCCACGCGCGUUCACUUUGGCAGCCCGUCGGGCUCACUCGUGCAAACGCCCGGCGGGAAUAUGAGGCGCUGUGGUGAGAAUGGGUUCCGGUGCGACAGAGACUUCUGCUUCACUUGCCUAUAA